GUGGGACGCGGGGGCCUGGGACCUCCUGGGUCCCCACACACCCUGAGCUCCUGCAGCGCCCCGGCUCCUCGCGCCCUGCAGGCCUGCGCCCCCCACGCCCCCCACGCCCUCGGAGCCCACGCCGUGAAGCCCAGGAAGAUCGUGUUCCAGGAUGAGCUGCCUGCCCGGGCCCCACGGGGCGCCCCAAGUCCCGUAGGAGCCCCCCCAGCCAGGCGCACCCCCAGGCCCGACCCGGUGCCUGACUACGAGCUCAAGUACCCCGCCAUCAGCAGCGAGAGGGAGCGGACCCGCUACGCCGCCGUGUUCCAGGACCAGUACGGGGAGUUCCUGCAGCUGCAGCAGGAGCUGGGCUGCGUGCAGGCCAGGCUGAGGCGGCUGGAGGCCCUGCUGGCGGCCCUGCCCCCUCCCCGCAGCCAGAGGGAGGCCCAGGCCGCGGCCCGCGUGUGGACGGAGCUGGACAGGAAGCGGACGGACCCCGGCCUCCUGGACAAGCAGGCCCGCUGCCGCUACCUCAAGGGGAAACUGAGGCACCUCAAGGGGCAGAUCCGCAAGUUCCAGGAGCAGCAGGACAGCGAGGGCUCCGUGUACUUCUGAGCGAGCUGGGCUUCGGCUGGUG